AGCCCCACACAUCAGCAGCCCAGCCCUUGCAUGUGUGCCAGCACCAGCACCAGCAGGCAGAGGCUCCGGCCCGGCUCCAAAUCCUCCUCGUGCUUGCCGAUGUCCGGGCGUUAGAGGAAAGCGGCACCGGUGCUCCGGCCAUAUGGCCUCUCGCCCCCUCCUCCUCCGCCCAUGACCGACCCCACCCGGCCCGGCCCUAUUCUUCUACUACUCCCUACUCCACGGCUACGCCCACGCACAUGCCUCCCACACCCUCAUCACUUGCAUUGAGCACCACGUCGUCGAGCUAUCUGAGCACAAGUGCUACUAAGCUAGUAGCCACCACCUGCUAUAGGAGUAUAGGCUAUAGGCCUAUAGCUACCAGAGCCGCCAGCUGCCAGAGCUGUAGCUCAGCUAGCUAGUAGGAGAGUAGGGGGUCGUCGUCUGGGUGUUGCUGGCCGCUCGAUCGAGUACUCAGUUGUUGGCUGCUGUGCCAUUGCGACGGCGGCCGGCGGGCCGGGGAGCGAGCGCGAGUCGGAGGCAGAUGGUGACGGCCAAGGAGGCCGCGGCGGCGGCGGCGGCCAUGGACGCCAGCAAGUACGUGCGGUACACGCCGGAGCAGGUGGAGGCGCUGGAGCGGCUCUACUACGAGUGCCCCAAGCCGAGCUCGCUGCGCCGCCAGCAGCUGGUCCGCGACUGCCCCGUCCUCGCCAGCGUCGACCCCAAGCAGAUCAAGGUCUGGUUCCAGAACCGCAGGUGCCGGGAGAAGCAGCGGAAGGAGUCGUCCCGGCUGCAGGCGGUAAACCGGAAGCUGACGGCCAUGAACAAGCUGCUCAUGGAGGAGAACGACCGCCUGCAGAAGCAGGUCUCGCAGCUCGUCUACGAGAACGGCUACUACCGCCAGCAGACGCAGAGCGCGGGGCUGGCGACCACGGACACGAGCUGCGAGUCGGUCGUCACCAGCGGCCCCCAGAACGUGGCCGCGGUGCUGCCACAAGCCCAGCCGCGCGACGCGGGCCCUGCCGGGCUCAUGUCCAUAGCGGAGGAGACACUGACGGAGUUUCUGUCCAAGGCCACCGGCACCGCCGUCGAGUGGGUCCAGAUGCCCGGGAUGAAGCCUGGUCCGGAUUCUAUUGGAAUCAUUGCCAUCUCGCAUGGCUGCCCCGGUGUCGCCGCGCGAGCUUGCGGCCUCGUGGGCAUGGAGCCUGCGAAAGUCGCUGAGGUCCUCAAGGACCGCCCGCUGUGGCUGCGAGACUGCCGAUCCAUGGAAGUGGUGAACGUUCUCCCUGCCGGUACCAGUGGCACAGUCGAGCUUCUCUACAUGCAGCUCUACGCCCCCACGACGCUCGCGCCAGCUCGCGACUUCUGGCUGCUGCGGUACACCUCCAUUCUCGACGACGGAAGCUUAGUGGUAUGCGAGAGAUCACUCGGCGCCAACCAGGGCGGCCCAAGCAUGCCUCUCGUCCAGCCUUUUGUCAGGGGCGAGAUGCUUCCCAGUGGGUUCUUGGUCCGGCCUAGCGACGGCGGAGGCAGCGUCAUACACAUCGUUGAUCACAUGGACCUGGAGCCUUGGAGCGUGCCCGAAGUCGUUCGCCCACUGUACGAGUCGUCUGCGAUGGUUGCUCAGAAGAUGUCAAUGGCGGCCUUGCGCUAUCUCAGGCAGGUUGCUCACGAAGAUACCGCCCAUUCUGUGGUAACCGGCGGGUGGGGACGGCAGCCUGCUUCUCUACGGGCUCUGAGCCAGAAGCUCACCAGAGGGUUCAAUGAAGCUCUCAAUGGGCUCGCUGACGACGGGUGGUCUGUGGUCGGAAGUGACGGGGUGGACGAUGUCUGCGUCUCUGUCAGUUCAUCCCCGAGUAGAGUGGUCAGCUGCAAUGCAACUUUCAGUAACGGACCUGUAGUCGGCACUGGCAGCAGCAGUGUGCUCUGCGCAAAGGCAUCGAUGCUGCUGCAGGACGUUUCUCCGCCAGAGCUCCUGCGCUUCAUGCGGGAGCAGCGGUCGCAGUGGGCCGACAGCAAUCUAGACGCGUUCUUCGCUUCUGCGAUGAAACCGGAUUUCUGCAGCUUGCCUAUUCCUCCUCGCCUUGGAGGGUUUGGUGGCCAGGUCAUACUUCCUCUAGCCCACACGUUUGACCCUGAAGAAUUCCUCGAGGUUAUAAAAGUAGGAAAUGCCGGUAACUACCAAGACGCGCUCCUGCACCGUGAUCUGUUUCUGUUGCAGAUGUACAACGGGGUAGACGAGAACAUGGCAGGCACUUGUUCAGAGCUCAUCUUUGCCCCUAUAGACGCAUCGUUCAGCGACGACUCGCCACUGCUCCCAUCCGGCUUUCGUAUCAUCCCGAUCGACGCUCCUCUUGACACGUCCAGCCCCAAGUGCACGCUGGACCUUGCCUCCACCCUCGAAGCCGGAACUCCCAGAAGCAGGACAAGCGGGAGCGGCGGCCCUGGAACUGCCGCCGCCGCUUGUGCCGGCUCCAAGGCCGUGAUGACGAUCGUGUUCCAGUUUGCCUUCGAGAGCCAUCUGCAGGACAGCGUCGCAGCCAUGGCGAGGCAGUACGUGCGGAGCAUCGUCGCGUCGGUCCAGAGGAUCGCGCUGGCGCUCUCCUCCGCGCGCCUGGUCGUCCCUCAUGGCAGCGGUGUCAGCCACGGUGCUCCUGCUGCUGGUCCGGAGGCAGCCACGCUUGCAAGAUGGAUCUGCCAGAGUUACAGGUUCCAUUUCGGGGCUGAGCUUAUCAAAUCCGCAGACGGUAGCGGCUGUGGUGAAGCAGUGCUGAAAACUCUCUGGCACCAUGCCGGCGCUAUACUCUGCUGCUCUCUCAAGGCCUUGCCAGUGUUCACGUUCGCGAACCAGUCCGGGCUCGACAUGCUGGAGACGACGCUGGUGGCGCUGCAGGACAUCGCGCUGGAGAGAGUGUUCGACGACCAAGGGAGGAAGAACCUGUGCGCGGAGCUCCCCGGCGUCAUGGAGCAGGGGUUCGCGUGCGUCCCCGGCGGGAUGUGCGUGUCGGGCCUAGGCCGGCCGGUGUCGUACGAGAAGGCGCUGGCGUGGAAGGUGCUCGACGACGGCAGCGGCGGCGUGCACUGCGUCUGCUUCAUGUUCGUCAACUGGUCGUUUGUGUGACGCGUCUGCUACCAGGUCCGUCGCGCUCAGGGGAAAAUCAGUUGAUCGGUGACGUGCUUGAGGGUACGUACGUCUCAAAUCGCCCUUUGGUUAUUGGGAUGUAAAAUGGUUUCGGUUUUUUUUUUGUUUUUUUUUUGAAGAAAAAUGUGAAAUGGUAGAAGGAAGGACCUGAAUAGCAGUAUUGUACACGGAUGGAUCGUGUGAUGUCAAACAAGAAUGACUUUUUGUUUGAUGGUGAAGCUAGCAUGGCCCCUCCUUUAUGGUUUUGAUUA